AUGCCUCACGCCGAGUCACCUACGCCUGAUGCCCCUCCUACCAUCAACGGUGUCCAACUCCACGUCAACGAUGACCUCCUUUCUGCCAACGAAGUCGAACCCCUCAUUCAAUCCCACCUCACAGAAAACUUCGAUGGCCUCAUCCCCCGCGAAGACGUGCUCUCCGCACGCGAAUCAUACUUCAACUCCCUCGCCCCUUCAGGCGUGAUCAAGCCCGGCACGUCUCCGCGAGAAGGCAUCUUCGACGACGCAAAGUCAGCCGCGGAUUACCCAGGCAUCGGCGCCGGCAGCGUCAAGAACGCGGCGCCAGGCGAGACGGAUCGCUCCGAGAUCUUCACCGAGGCGGCGCUCAAGGCGCAUACCGAGGAUUGGUAUGCCGGCUCCGAGGACGGCUCAGUCCGGGGCUUCUGCAACCACCCGGUCCUCCGCAACUUCGUCGCCGAGUUCACGGGCUGGGGUGACGAGAACACCCUAACCGUAAAGCGCACGCUCCUCCGCAACAACACCCCAGGCAACAAGGCCAUUGGCGUGCACUAUGACCAGUCCUUCAUGCGCUACGGCGAGCCGACGUCCGUGACGGCGUGGGUGCCGAUCGGAGACGUCCGGCUCGAGGGCGGCGGGUUGAUUUACAUGCAGGACGGCGAGAAGCUUGGAGAGGAGAUUGAAAACGAGUUUACAACGAAGGCUAAGGCGGCCGGAAUGAGCGACGAGGAGACAAAGAAUGCGUUCAAUGCGAAUAUGAUGAGCACGGGGUUCUUGUGUGAUGGGCCGGCGGACUUUGGACGACGGUAUGGGAAGAAGUGGCUGGUGAGCGCGUACGAGGCUGGCGAUGUUGUCUUCCAUUCAGCGCACAUGAUUCAUGCUUCAACCAAGAACUACGAUCCCGAGGGGCGCAUCCGACUUGGAACGGACCUGCGCUUCGUCGACAAGCGCCGCCCAUGGGAUACUCGCUGGGAUAAGCAUUACAGCUUCAAUGAUGGCGUUUAA